CACUAAUCCGAUUCCUGCCGUCAUUACUUCAUCCUGUUGCCUCGUAGAUCGCAAACAAGGAUAUACACUACGAUACAUACAUAUUUUACUUUCCUGCAAUUAUUAUCAGUGUAGAAAUCAAUUGUAAUAAUCAUCUAUACAACAAUCAAAUUUCCGACAUGGGUUUGCCAGAAACCGUUGAGUUUGCUCGCAAUUUCGCCGUCAUGGUCAGAGCUCAAGGCCCUGAUCCAAAGGGUCUAAAAAUGAGAAGACAUGCUUUUCACCAUUACAACUGUGGAAUAACAACACUGUCAGCUUCUGGAAUGUUACUGCCUAGUUCUUUCUUUGGUCCUAAACUAGCUAAGCAUAUUGUUGGUGCUACUGAUGCAUCAAUGCCUGAUUUUGCUUUUGUAUUGACUGUUGCUUCUGUCAUUGAGCCAUUUUUGUCGAACCGAGAUAAUUUAGCCCAGCAGGCAAAGAAUACGUUGAUUACUGGUUCUCAGAUUGAUAUAAUGGUUGAGGGAAAGACGGGAACGGGAGAUGGAACAAAUAUGGUGCAUAAGAACGCUAAUUGGCUAUCUGCCAAACUUUUAACGUUGGUAGAUAUUCCUGUGGCAUCUGAUGCUGUCCAAUCACUUAUUGAAUCGUCAACUGGUGCUUUAGACCAUGGCUGGGAAGUUGGUUGGUCCUUGUCCUCGUACAGUAAUGACGCUCAACCUCUGUUGAAUUCUCUUCAAAAACAGGUUCAUCAAUCUUCCAUGCAAAACAAGGGUCAAAGGGUAGUGGAAGAAUCAAGUAAUUCUGGUAUGAUAGGAAAGUCCACUGCCAGGAUUGCUAUACUAGGAGUAUCCUCGGCACUUGUAAAGGAUUUUCCCAAGUUAAGCAUUUCAGGCACAAGUAAUAGAGGAGAUCUUCUCCUGGCAAUGGGCUCACCUUUUGGUGUCUUAUCUCCUGUGCACUUCUUCAACAGUAUAUCCGUGGGAUCAGUUGCAAAUUGUUAUCCAGCUGCUUCUUCCAAUAGCACACUAUUGAUGGCGGAUAUUCGGUGUCUUCCAGGAACGGAAGGUUGUCCAGUUUUUGGUGAAAAUGGCCAACUUAUUGGCAUCAUGACAAGACCACUACGACAAAGGAGUAGUGGUGCUGAAAUCCAGCUGUUGAUUCCAUGGGAAGUCAUUGCAUCUUCUUGCAGCAACUUAUCAGAAGAGGAACCACAAUACUUGUUGAAAUGGAAUCAAACUAAAAAUGUGAACUCGGAUUUGCUGAAAAAGAUGUCUCCUGUAAACCGUCUCGACCUGGGUGAGUCGUUCGAUUGUAUUUACGAGAAACCUCCACAAUCAUCCAUCAAGAAAGCAAUGGCUUCAAUCUGUCUUAUAACAGUUGAUGAUGGAGCAUGGGCAUCUGGUAUUUUGCUGAACAAUAAAGGGCUGGUUCUAACAAAUGCUCACCUUUUGGAACCAUGGAGGUUCAGAAAAACAGCUUCAGGUGAAAAAUCUGGAGCAAAAUCAGAGGUAAUCUUUAUGCGGUCGAAUUCUGUAUCACCAGAAAAUAAGAUAUCUGAUAGCCACACAAAGAAUUGGGAUUUGCUAUCAGCAGAAGUUAUGCCUGUAGAUUUAUCUGUAUCUGAUGAGCGCAGGGGAGGUAAAUUUAAUGUGGUCAAUACGCAUAGGAGUAUACGAGUUCGCUUGGACAACAAAGAGCCUUGGAUUUGGGUUGAUGCCAGGGUUCUGUACAUAUCUCAAGGACCUCUGGAUGUUGCACUUCUUCAGCUUGAUUAUGCUCCUGAACAUCUUUUUCCUAUUGCUGUGGACUUCACUUGCCCCAAUCCCGGAUCGAAAGCCUGUGUUGUUGGACAUGGUUUAGUUGGACCUCGACGUGACUUCUUUCCAUCUGCCUGCCUCGGUGUGGUAGCAAAAGUAGUCAAAGCAAGGAGGCCUCCAACCCAUCAAUCAGGUGACCAAGAGAAUGAAUAUGAGCUCAUUCCAGCAAUGAUUGAAACAACAGCUGCUGUGCAUCCUGGGGGGAGUGGUGGUGCUGUGGUAAAUUCAGAUGGUCAUAUGAUUGGCCUUGUCACAAGCAAUGCAAGGCAUGGUGGAGGGGUGCUUAUACCACAUCUGAAUUUCAGCAUUCCAUGCGCAGCUCUGGAACCUAUUAUCAAGUUCUCAAAAGACAUGCAGAAUUUAUCACUUCUGGAAGAUCUUGACAAACCAAAUGAAUAUAUAUCUUCUGUCUGGGCCUUGGUGCCUCCGGUAACUCCCAAGCCAGGCCCCUAUUUGCCUGAUUCACCAGAAUUUUUAUCAGGUGAUAACUCCAAAGAUGUGAAGGGUUCUCGAUUUGCAAAAUUCAUAGCUGAAAGACAGGAAAUGCUAAAGAAGACUUCUGAAUCAGAUAAAGUAGAUGGCCCUUUUACCAAAUUUCUUCCUAGCAAGUUGUGACAGUUGCCCAAUUCCAGUAUAAACUAGGAAGAAACUGCCACCAACUGGAAAUAUACUUUGAAGUCCCACUAGAAGCCAUGAAAAAAUGUAUAUUACCAAGCUUUUGUUGUAGUCUGUUUUUUUUGUUCAUCUCCUUGGAGAGAAUCAGGUGUUUUAUCUGCAGGCUUAUACUGUGUUCAAUCAGGGUGAAGUACAAUUGUAAAGCUAUUCUAUGUGUUAUAUACGGAUUUCAUACCAACAUUGAGCUUUUAGAUGAUACCAGAUAAUACAACUUGAAUUAGUGUAAUAUUUUCAUAUUUUGGCUGUUAUGUCCUGAACUAUUUUUUAAUUUAGUUAUCUUCUUUUAA